AUGCUUUCAUAUUUUAAACCGAUAAUAUCACUAUUAAUGGUAAUCUUGGAAUUGAGCCUUUCUGAGGGUCGGUUUGACUAUUGCCAGCGCAACUGCACCGAUAUCAGAAGUGGUAAGAAAACAGGAAAUUAUCUUUGUAAUAACCGAUGUCGUCCCGACUUUAACUGCCACAUGGAGAAAAUGGACGUAGAUAGGCGUCAAAUGAUGGUCGACAUAAUGAACACCUUAAGAAAUGAGGAAGCAGGAAUAAAAAAUUUGUCCGACAUUGAUGUUGUCCACUACGACAUGGAGCUGGAGUAUUUGGCGCAGUGUCUUAACAACCAGAUUGAAAGCCGGCACAAGGGACACUGUAUACAAUUAUUCAAGUCGAAAUUCCCAUUCAUGAUACCUAUUAAUAAAAACAGAACAAGUUACGACGAGAAAGAAUUUUUUAACAAGGCAGAAAUAGAGCAAAAAAUACGAGGGGACUGCAGUAAAUCUAGAGAUAUAUGCAUCUAUAUCAAACCAAGUAACAAUAAAAUCGGUUGUUCCUUCAACACUAGGGUGUUUAAUCCAGGUUACACGGUGGAGUAUUACUUUCUGUGCACAUUUCCCGAUAUACGCCCCAAUGCAAAAAAACAAUGGAAGCAUGGUCCGCCGGCCUCCAAGUGUCCUCCUCGCCAACCCCAACGCAACGAUAAAUAUCCAAACUUGUGCGGGAAACUCUGGCCUAUGCCUAGCGACCCAUCCGGGUCUUUGAUAUGGGAAGGACCAUCGGAUGAAGAAUACUUGGCAUACAAGGAUGUUCCAGAUGACGUCUAUGUGGAAGAUUACGAAGAAACUGAACAAGUUUUUAAUAAUAACACAACCCCCCGAAACACCAGCUCAUCCUCAGCCAGUCUUUGUUUAAAACACUGCUUGUUUUUGGGAGCUAUGUUGUUAAUUAUAUACCCCCGAAAAUCUUUCCUUCCCUCGCCCAAGUAG